AUGCGGCAGGACCUCUAUUACAAGCCUGAAUCGAGGCAUUGGUUGCCAAUAAAAAAAGAAAUCCUAUCUCUCUUUACUGUGGUGACCUUUCCUAACGGAGGCUGCACGGGUGCAUCUGGAGAUAAUGGCACAUGUAUGACGGCACGAGAGUGCUCUUCAAGAGGUGGCUCCGCUAAUGGUUAUUGCGCUAACGGCUUUGGUCUUUGCUGUGUUUUCAUGACGUCAUGUGGUAGCACCACUUCGGAAAAUGGCACGUACUUUAUUAACUCAGGAUAUCCUUCGUGGUAUGAUGGCACGGGUUCCUGUGAGCUAACUGUCAUCAAAUCUCAUCCCGAUGUUUGUCAAAUAAGGUUGGAUUUUGACAGAUUCACCAUUUCGGGCCCUGAGAGAAUGAACAAUGUUUGUAACCAAGAUCAGUUCAUUGUAUCAGGUGGAAACCCUAUUCCUGCUAUCUGCGGAUUUAACCAAGGAAAUCACAUGUAUAUCGACGCAGGUAUCGGAACUACAAAUCCAGUCAAACUAACUUUUGUAACAAGCGGUAAUUCGUUUGAAAGAAUAUGGAAAGUAAAGGUGACGCAAAUUCCAUGUAGCACUAUAUAUAAAGCGGAUGUGGGUUGCUUACAAUACUUCACCGGGGUUUCUGGGCAAAUCCGUUCUUUUAAUUAUGACCCAGCGUCAGGACUUCAACUGAGUAACCAAGAUUAUGGUAUUUGUAUUAGAAUGGAAAGAAAUUUUUGUGGAAUACAGUACACGGCUUGUCUAGAUUCAGCUAAUAAUCGGUCUCGAGCGUUCACUCUUGGUGGGAACAGUAACAAUCCGGUAAAUUCAAUGAUUGGCUCGGGUGCUGGUCCCAACAAUUGUGCCAAUGAUUGGUUGUUAAUUCCUUGUGCUUCCAAUGUUGGUCGUGUCGCACCCGCGCAGGCCUUGUGCACAGACAGAAUAUGUGGAGGAACAUUUUCAGCUGACCUAUCGAUGCAGUCUUCAUCAGUGCUAAGUACAGUGAAACCCUUCCGUCUAUGGUUUCACACAGACAACGUGGAGGCUCCAGUGGAUGUCGACAACAGAGGAUUCUGUCUAAAUUAUGUUCAACAACCCUGCACUAAUAAUGUAUUUUAG